GUGUUUUUGUCGCGUUAACAUGCAUUACAUUAAAGUAUUAAUUACACUGAUCAGUUUAUCAGCAGCAGCUGCAACGGAUUCGCUGAACCUUGAGCUGCCAUUUGGUAUAAUCAAGGGGCGUGACAAUGGCGGCUACUUGAGCUACGAGGGCAUACCGUAUGCAGAGCCGCCACUUGGAGCACUGCGCUUUGAGGCGCCCAAGCCGUACAGCCAGCAUUGGAAUGAAACUUUUGAUGCAACCAAGCCACCUGUGCUUUGCAUGCAGUGGAAUGAAUUCGUUGAGCAGCCAGACAAACUGCUGGGCACAGAGGACUGCCUAACCGUAAGCAUUUACAAGCCCAAGGCUGCCAAAGCUUUGCCUGUUGUUGUGCUUAUACAUGGCGGCGGCUUUAUGUACGAUGGCGCUGCUAAGCAUGGACAUGAGACUCUAAUGGCCAGCGGCCAUGUCAUAGUUGUCAAGAUCAGUUAUCGCGUGGGACCGCUUGGCUUUCUAAGCAGCGAGGAUGCAGCAUUGACGGGCAACUAUGGAUUAAAAGAUCAGCGACUGGCACUGCAAUGGAUUAAAAGCAACAUACAUAGAUUUGGUGGCGAGCCCAAUAACAUUUUGGUUAUGGGCCACUCGGCGGGCGGCGCUUCUGUGCAUUUGCAGCUUUUACAAAAGAAUUUUGAGCAUGUGGCUAAAGCAGCUUUCUCGCUGAGUGGCACUGCGCUCAAUCCGUGGGUUGUGCAGAGAGGCGCAAAGCAACGCGCUUAUGAAAUGGGUCGCAUUUUGGGCUGUGGCACUGGCAUUAGCAGCUUAGUGUUAAAACAAUGUUUGCAAGCAAAACAAGCUGCGGAAAUUGUUAGGGCUGUGCAGCAGUUCUUGGUAUUCGGCUAUGUGCCCUUUACGACAUUCGGCCCAGUAGUGGAGUCAGCAGAUUCAGCUGAAGCAUUUUUAACGCAGCAUCCACUUGAAAUUAUACGCGCUGCUGCUUACGCGCAAGUUCCCUGGCUAGCUUCGUAUACAAGUGAAGAUGGUGGCUACAAUGCAGCAACUUUGCUGCAGCAGCAAAGCAAUGGCCAAGAGCGCAUUGAGCAGUUGAAUUCACGUUGGUUCGAUCUAGCGCCGCACUUACUUUUCUACAGGCAAACGGUCAACACAAUUGAGGAGAUGGAUGCCAAAUCGUUUGACUUAAGGCAACAAUAUAUGGGCAAUAGCAGCUUCAAUCUGCAGAGCUACUUGGCGCUGCAGCGCAUGUUCACCGAUGUGCUCUUCAAAAAUGACACCGAGCUGGCGCUACGACUGCAUGCCAAGCAUGGCAAGAGUCCUGUGUACGGCUUUGUCUAUGAUAAUCCUGCUGAUUCGGCGGGCGCGCAGCUGCUGGGUAAGCGUAACGAUGUGCAAUUUGGCACCAUGCAUGGAGACGAUUACACGCUUAUAUUUGAUGUAGCAGUGCGCAAGUCGACGCGCCCAGAUGAGAAACUCAUAUCACAACAUUUUGUUAAGAUGAUCGAAGAUUUUGUACAAAGCCGCAACAGCAGCAGCUUGGCUUACAACGAUUGCAUAUUGCCAGACAAUGCUGGUCAAGAGCAACUUGAGUUGCUUUACAUUAAACGUGAUGCUUGUCUAAUCAAGUCUGUGAACUAGUUUGCCUAGCGAUCGAGUUACAUUAAUACAAAAUUGCAAAGUAAAUAAUAAUAAUUAAAAGAGAGCAAGAGAGAGCUGCAA